AUGGUCCCUUUUAGUUUCCCUCUAUCCAAGUGUGCACUGUGGGACCCAGUCCCUAUGGGGGAUGUCAUUGGUGCACACAUUACCUAUUACAGAAACCCCAAGUUAUCUAUGCUAGAGAAGACCUUGCGGCUUGCCUAUCGCCAUGCCAAGCAGCAUGAAAAGAAAUGCCUUUCCUGUUUUUUGCUUGGGGCCCUUGCAGUAGAUGAAGAUGGGGAAGGCAUAACGCUAACAAUAGAUCGCUUUGAUCCUGGUCGAGAAGUUGCUGGAGGGUCGGGCAAAAUUCCAACUGCAUCUCUUCCUGGAGACUUUUUGAUUCCAUGUACAGUUAAUGCCUGGGGACCUUCUUCAGAUAAUAUUUUAGUGCACAGUCCUGAAAAUAUCAGCUUGACAUUCAAGAGUCUGCAGCACAGUCUGUGCAGUAAAGAAUCACUGGAUCUUUCUAAACUGCUCACUGUUAGAGCUCACAUUGUUUUCACAGAAAACCUGGAUAACUUACAUUUUAAUUUUCACUGGGCUUCUAUUACCAUGGCAAAUACCUUGGAAUACACCCCUGUGAAGUCUGUCCCAAUUAUUCCAACAGCUCUAGCAAGAAAUUUGAACAGUCCUAUGAAUAUUGCACAAGUUCAAGGAACUUAUAAAUGUGGCUACCUUACUAUGGACCAAACACGGAAAUUGCUUUUGCUGCUUGAGUCUGAUCCCAAGGCUUAUGCUCUGCCAUUAGUUGGAGUUUGGCUGAGUGGAGUUACUCAUAUCUGUAGUCCUCAAGUCUGGGCCUGUUGCCUGAGAUAUUUAUUCAGUUCUUCAAUUCAAGAAAGAGUUUUUUCUGAAUCUGGGAGUUUUCUUAUUGUGCUUUAUUCAUUGACACACAAAGAACCAGAGUUUUACGAGUGUGUUCCAUGCAGUGGACAGACUGAACUUGGGUUUCAGAUCUUAACUUGCCAUGAAACAGUUCACCUCUUCAAAAAUGUUGAACCUUCAGACAAGAGCCCUAUCCAGUUUGAGCUGAAUGCAGAAAACCAAAAUGCAGAAACUGAGUUCUUCAGCAGAGUUUGCAAGAAACUUCCUAUCAGAAGUUCUCCCCAGGGCUCUUCACCCAGCAAAUUGUCAGCAAGUGAUCACGACUCUGGUGUAGAAGAUGAGGAUUUAUCCCCCAGACCAAUUCCAAGUCCUCACCCAGUGAGUCAACAAGUUACUGAGAUUUUUCCUUCAGUUCCAGAACUGUCACUGGUUUUGGAUGAGAGUUUCAUAGAAUCAGGACAAUUGCCUAAACCAGUAGGGGCAGCAAAUGCUAAAAGUCUACCCUCAGCACUACAGCAGCCUAUUAAAAAGAAGUGGUGCUUGGGGUCUGUGUAUCACCCCACCCAGCACUCUGAAGACAAGCAGAACUUUUCUGCUAAUACAGGAGAUCCUUCUUUGAAGCAAUUACCAAAUCCUAUAAACCAGAAGGUUCCAGCUUCACUGCCUUCCAGAGGAAAGCAAGCUCUACUACAGCAACAGGUGCACUGUAAGAAGGCUUGCCCACAGUCAAGAAGAAAUUCAGGAUCGUCUUCUCCUUCAACCCCUUGCAGUGGGCCUUCCCCGGAUACAUCUGUGCAUCACCCCAGAAAGCCAUCAGAAAGAGUUCUGUUAAGUCCCGAAGAUGUCACACAGCAGGGAGAGCCUCCAGUUAGGAGAACAUCAAUAUCCAGUUCCAAGCAGCUUCCUGCUAUGACUCAGCCAGUCCUCUACAACUCUGCAUUUUCACCACAGAACUGCAGACAGCCACCAGACCUGCAGGUGCCAGUCCAAGUGCCACCUUGCUGUGCAGCAUGCAGCUGUCAGUUUCCUGCUUCUGUCCAGUAUAAUCCAAUAAACUCAUGGCAAGGAAUUGGUAAAAUGAACCCCAAAAAUGGAGCAGAAAUCCAGUCAGAGAUGGCUCAACAAAAGCCAUGUGCAGUCCUCCAUCAAAAUAUUUGCCCAAAUAUUUGCUGCAAUCCAGGAUAUACCACAAGCAGCCCUAUAAAUGCAAGAUACCAUGGCAAAACAGGGAACUGUUCUCUGGACAAUGGCUUAUCUCCUGGAAUGAGAAUGCCAUCAAGUGUAAGCCCCUUGAGUCUGCAGUUUUGUGCAGCCCACUCACCCUGCCUGCAUAUGCCUGCUUCUACAGCUGGAUCAGAUAAUGGAAUGAUGGGAUUAUCUCCAGAUGCAUACCGGGUUCUUACAGAACAAGACAGACAACUCAAAUUACUUCAAGCUCAGAUCCAACGCUUAUUGGAAGCACAGGCUCGCCAGGCUUGUUCCUCGGAGCCAGCAGCAGCCAGCGAUGCUCCCCAGCCUGAGAAGCCAGGGGAGCUUGUUUCUAUGGAAACACAGACCUCACCGGGUUCCCCCAAGAAGAAAAGUGUGAGCGUUGCUGUAAGCACAGGUGCUAGUUUGUUUUGGAAUACAGCCUCAGAAAAACAAGAUGACUCCAUACCACAAGGAAAAAAAGAGGAUAGAGAGAUUUCCAAGGAAGACAUAAGCAUUUCAAUUAAUGCUGAACAAGAUGCAAGUAAUACAAGUAUUGCUUCUUCCUUAAGGGUGGUUGACAUGCCCAGCUUUGUAGAAAGUAUUCAUCUUGUGGAAGAAGCAACUAAUCAGAACACUCCCCAAAAUGGAAACGUUUCCCAAGCACUUGUUCGGAGUUUAUCCUUGGGAGAAAGUACCAGUGUGUCUUUACAGAAAGAGCCAUCGGAGGGAGCCAGCAACCAGGUGGUGGUAACAAGCGAGCAGAUCUCAGAGCCACCCGCCUCGCUGCUGCCUCGGCAGCCGUCAGAGGAUCAGAAGCUUUACCAGGACUUGCUGGGCCAAGUAAACCACCUCUUGAAGUCCUCAGAAGAGCAAGAUCACUUACUUAUAAAAUCAGGAUUUGUUAAUGAUGAUGGUCCUAAGUAUCAGGAUGUUGAUAAUACAACAGAAGUGGCUUCAGAGGCUGACACAGGAGUGGUAGAUAAAGAGAGUGUCAUUAGUGCUACACUCAAACAGCUGAAGAGUCUUGGAGUGACAAUGGACUCGCCUGGCAGGAUGAAGAAAGAUACACACAAAGUGGAGAAUGCCAGCGUCUUGGCGUGCAUUAAUCCUGAAGCAGUGGUGCCUGGAUUAAACUAUAUGUCAUUUGCCAAUGUCAGCAUGUGUGGCUUAACUCCUAACAUUGUUGAUCUGAGCAUGGAAGCAAAUGCUAUAGCACUGAAGUAUCUCAGUGAAAAUCAGUUAUCUCAACUGUCUCUCAGUCAUUCGGGCCAAAAUCUUCCUGCAGACUUUGCUUUCCAAGACAUCUUGCAUACAAACAUGGACAAGAGCAUGGUGGGUCUUAGCUUAAUUUCACCAAACAAUAUGUCUUUUGCAACCAAGAAGUACAUGAAGCGAUAUGGGCUGAUACAGGGCAGUGACAGCAGUGAAGAUGAAGAGGAACUGCAGGUUCAAAAUGGCAAUUCUGGCUCUGUCAAAAGCGAAAGCAUGCCAGACAAAAACUGUACCCCUGUGUUGGACAGCUUCAAUCAGUUGACUGAAUUAUCCAAAAGAAUUGAUGGAAGACUUCCCAUCCAUCUAAAAAGUCACAGCAGAGAGAUGACUACUAAUGCUUCUCCACCAGACUUAAACCACCCCGUACUAAAAAAUAUUGUGAAUGAAAUUUUUCCUCCCAGAGCAGAGCAAGCAGAUGAAAACUCAGUUCAGAUCUUAAAAGAUUUAAAAUCAAAAACCAAAUUGUUACCUGGAAAGGUUGAAUUCACUGAACAACCUGUUAGGAAAGAUGAAGGAGAUACUCAGGUCUUCCCUGGAAAUCUAUGUACUCCAACGCUCGAAACAUUAAACCAGUCAAACAGCAUAAAUUCUGUUGGCACCAUUCUGGAUGUGAAACAGCUCAGGCGGUUGCCAAAGUUGUUCUGA